GAUAAUCAGUACUGCCUCUCAAAGAUUUGAGUCUAACUGUAGUAGAUGUAGUGUGUUUAUUGCAAUGAUUAAACAAAAUGCGUAGGCCUAGUUCCAGGUACAAUGUUUACAUUUACUCUUCAGCAACCAUGCUGGUUUGAUGCCUGUGCCUUAAACUUAAGGCAGUUGGCAGUGGAGCAGGGGUUUGGAGGGCCUGAAAGCCAAGAGAAAGCAGAAUGGAUGGUCGAGGCAGUAGACACCUGGUUCAGAGAAAAUGAUGGCAUAGAGCCGUAUGAAGUAGAGGACUUCCUGGCCGACAUAUUGAAUGAAGAAUUUGACCUGCGUUUAGAAGACAAUAGCCUUCCAGAGAUUUCAAGACUCAUUUGCACCUUUUACCGGCUCUGUCAGGAAAACAAGAGCGAAGAAAUUGCACAGAGAUUGAACGUGUUACCCAGAGCCUCAAUUCAACACUGCCAACAGGGGCAGAACAGGGUGGAGGAAAUGGAUAGUGAUGAAGAGGCUCCUGGUCCCCCUCCGUCCUCCCACUCUAAUGUCCCUCCUGCUGGACAGAAUUCUGCAUCACAAGAAACCGGUGACGACAUGGAAACGGCAGAGGGUGCUGAAGACAAAGAGGACGAAGACGGAUUUAAAGUCGUCCGACAUGGGCGAAAGAAAAGAUAACAGAGGACUCUUGUCUUUUUCUCUCCUUUUUCUGCACCUUUACUGUUAAUAGAUGGACAUUAUUCACCAGAGUUCGUUUUGUUGCUCAGAUUGUUUUUUUAUGUGUAUUUUUUUGUUUGAGAGACAAGGUGUACUUUUACCUAUCCUAUCUAUCAGUGUUUGUUGAUCUCAUGCUUCAGUGUUGGAGGGUGCCACAAGUAGGUCCUAUUUCUUUUCUUUCCCUCUGUUUUUUCUGUUUGUCCAUCUUGCUUUUUUUCCCUUUAACUGAAUGACUGUGUUAUUGUGUCAACAUGAUUUUUUUUUUCUUUACUCAAACAGCCUCAUGUGUCAGGUGCAGGGGAUAUUUAAGGACAGUGGGUUUUUACUGAAAAUAGUCCAGUAAAGUAAUAGUAUCAAGGCGAUACAGAAAAACUUCAAUUUAAGAUUUUAAGAAAAUCAUCCACCAGUGCUCCUUAGGCUCAAAUAUAGUUUGGAAAUUUUUUUUGAUGGCGUCAUGUCAUGUGUCUUACUCAUGCUGCAAAGUUGGUUGUUGUUUUUUUGUGUUUUUUUUAGUAAAAUCCUCUUUGUAGU